CCCCUCCUCCCGCCCCUCCGCCGCUCCCCGCCGGCGGCCCCGCGCCCCGCUCGGCUCCGUGGGCGCCCGGCGCAGCUCGCGUCCUCGCCAGGCCUCCGGGCCGGCUCCCGCGGUCGCCAUGACGGCGGCUGUGUUCUUCGGCUGCGCCUUCAUUGCCUUCGGGCCCGCGCUGGCGCUUUACAUCUUCACCAUCGCCACCGAGCCGUUGCGCGUCAUCUUCCUCAUCAUCGGAGCUUUUUUCUGGUUGGUGUCUCUGCUGUUUUCCUCCCUUUUUUGGUUCGUGGCAAGAACCAUUACUGCCAACAAAGAUGGACCAAUACAGAAAUAUCUGCUGAUCUUGGGAGUGUUAGUCUCAGUCCUUAUCCAAGAACUGUUUCGGUUUGUGUAUUAUAAACUUUUAAAAAAAGCCAGUGAGGGUUUGAAGAGUAUAAACCCAGAUGAGACAGCACCUUCUAUGCGAUUGCUAGCCUAUGUUUCUGGCUUGGGCUUUGGAAUCAUGAGUGGAGUAUUUGCUUUUGUAAAUACCCUUUCCGACUCCUUGGGACCAGGCACAGUAGGCAUUCAUGGAGACUCUCCCCAGUUCUUCCUAAAUUCAGCUUUCAUGACGCUGGUUAUCAUAUUGCUGCAUGUGUUCUGGGGCAUUAUAUUUUUUGAUGGCUGUGAGAAGAAAAAGUGGUCUGCCCUUCUUAUAGUUCUUUUGACCCAUCUGCUGGUGUCUGCCCUGACCUUCAUAAGUCCUCAUUAUGGAAUAAAUCUGGUGUCAACAUAUAUGAUCAUGCUACUCAUGGGCAUCUGGGCGUUCUUUGUUGCUGGAGGCAGCUGCCGAAAUCUGAAGCUCUGCCUACUAUGUCAAGACAAGGACUUCCUCCUUUUCAACCAGCGCUCCAGAUAACCCCCAAGAACCAGCACCUGCCAAACAGUAAGCUGCAUCUUUAGAGGAAGCACAACUGUGCCUUUUUCUAAAAAUUCCUUUUCCUGGUGGAAUCUAGAAAAAAACAAAACCAUCUAGGUAAAAUAUGACUUUCAUGCAACGGCUCUCUGAAAGGGAUACAUUAGUGGAUGUAUAUGUCCUGGCUGCACAUUAGAAUGUCACCUGAAGAAGCAGAAAGAAUGUUCCCUGGGUUCCACCCUCCACAUUUAAUUGGCCCGGGCAUUUGGUAACUUUUAGGAUUUUACUUAUUUAUGUGAGUUGGGGAGGAGCCAAGGAAGAGGGACAAGCAGACUGUGCUGAGCCUGGAGCCUGAUUUGAGGCUCAGUCUCAGUACCCUGAGAUCAUGACCUGAGCCAAAACCAAGCAUCAAGAUGCCCAGCCGACUGAGCCACCCAGGUGCCUCUGGGCAUUUGGUAAUUUUUAAAAGCUUCCCAGAUGACUCUGAUAUGCAGCCAGGUUGAGACUCAUUGGUGUCCAAAUGGGAACUUCCUGAGAACACCAUAAAUGAAUAAAUGUCAGAUGUUUAGCUGUCUCUCAACUCAGCUAGUGCUGAGCAGGUAGAUCUGUGAAUGUCCAAUCCUGCUCGGCCUUUGUCUUUUAAAGUUAGGUCACAAAAGGCUAAAGGGCUCUCAUCCCUAAGAACUGUUUUCAUGCUCCUUACUCAUACCCUAUUUUAUGAGGACAUGGUAGGUUGUGCUCCUACACGCAAUAGUAAAUUGCACGACUUACUAUGAUACUUUAGCCAAAGUAAGCUAUUUAUUAACAAGCUGUAUUUUUUCCUGUAGUUUUUACAUUCUUUUUGCUUUUUGAGGCCUUACAUUGUUUGUGAGCAUAGAUUCAGUUUCUUUAAAACUAAUUAUUUUCUGAUUUCUGGGAAGGUAUUAAUAAACCAAGAAUUUUUGUGCAACUUCUGUCUUUUCUGGGCUUAAGGCUUUUUAUGAGUUCUACCCCCAAGGCAGUGUUUACCAGCUGAGUGCUGGUACCUGGGCUGGCUGGGGUGAAACCCAUUUUUCUAGCUCUGAGCAAUUCUGCUGGUUGCUGAGUGAUGUACCUUGGACAGGCUUCACUAGAGCUGGUGAAAGUUAAUAAAAGCCAAUAGUGUGAUGUUGACACUUUAAAUUUGCUCCUGUGAUACUAACCAGCACUUCCCCACCAAGUGAUAUAGUGUAAAAUUGGAAAUGUCUUAAACUGCCAAAUUCAUGCUUUUAUAAAAUCCAUAUAAUCUUUGGAUCUAGCGAAUGUCUCUGGGUUUUAGUAGCAGACAUAACCUUGCCUUUAUAGGAAUACCCAAGGUAUUUGUUCAGCUUCUAGCAACCCUUUUGAUUUCCUUUAUAAAGAGGAAAUGCCAGUGAAUUGUGCCUUUAACUAAAAAGUGUUCCCAUUUGAUGGCUUUCAGAGAGUGGAUGGUGUGCAAUGAAAAUUCCCUAUACAUUAAAGUAAUAAGCUCAGUGGAUCCCACAUAUACAGUAAAACAUCCAAAAGAAAUGGGUGAAGCAAUGAGAGUGUUCCAUGACAGAUGGAAGAAUUUGACAGUACUGUGGGGGGGGGGAGAAUAAUGGACAUGUUUUAAAUGAAAAUGUGGCCAGUAUUUUGGGCUAGCCACACAUCAUUUCUGGGGCCAGAACUUCUCACGUGAACUAGACCUUUAUCAGUGAAAUCCCCUCUCAUGGCUAAAUAACUAGAAUUUGUCAAUCUAGGGAUUCAGAAGAAAUAGGAUUUCCAGCAAGGCUGUAAACAGUCCCAUAGCAGUUACAGUUAUUCCCCUAAAGUGUACUUUGAAACACUAAUUAAUACCAAUACUUCCACUAGAGUUUGCAGUUUUCCACCAUUAUACAAGAUUUUCCUUAGACUAGAAGAGUCAUAGGAAGAGUCAUGGACAUAGAGACAGAACAAUGAAAUUUACUGUGCAGAGUUGAAGGGAAUGAAAUACUCAUUGAACUGGGCUUUAUUCCUACUGGAACGUGGCAUUCUUUGAUGAACAGAAUAAGAAACAUACAUAGUUGGUUAUCACUGUUGACCUACAAAUCUCCUAAAUGGGUAGUCUGAUAAAAUGUUUGAUCUGUAAAGUAUUGAAAAAUAUGAGAAUAUUAAUAUUACUCAUUGCACCCUGAGGAUGUCCUCUGUGCAUUAAUAGUUUAAUAUUAAGUAAAGAAGUUGGCUAUUGUAAAAUCUCAUUUAUAAAAACUUGUCAGGCAAGAGGAAAAUCUUUGAUGGUGAGACUCUUGUCUGAGGAAAUUAAUAAUAUUUGAUUUGCUGUGAAUAAAGGAACUUUGUAAUCCUGAUUUGUCUUAAAAUGUUAGCAUUGCCAUAGUCAGCUUAGGCACUAUUUUUACAAAACUCUGCUUUGCCUAAUGCCAAGGGCGCCCAGAGGGAGAGUACAGUUUUCCUCUGUGGCUGUGUAUAUAUUGAGAUGCCUUUUUUUUUUUCCUCCCUGCAUUUGUUAUUAAUGAUGAGCCUUCUGAUCCCUGACAGUAUUUGGAGAGGAGGAGGUGGUGUUGAUAUUUUAUGUUCUCCUCCCCACAAAGUUUUCUCAGUUUGGAAGGAAAUGUGGUUAUAAAGUUGAACUUGGAAUGUGAAUAUUGUUGCAGUGCUUGACUAUUUUGCCAUGUGAUUAAUACAGUUUGAUUUUGUUGCUCUCUAAUGAGUUUAUAUUUAUGUUUUAUUUGUCUAAGUUAGUAGUUGUAACUGGAGAAGUUUUGUUACCUCAAUCCUGGCCAGCCUGGCUGGUAAUAUUGUAGUAGCAGCCUCUUUAGAGCAUCUAAUGAAAAAGUGGCUGAAAAGAAGAAAUGAUAACUGCAGAUUGCAUAGAAAAUAGCUUUUGUUCUCAUUGUUAAUUUUUUUUUUCUUAAAGCACAUUUCAGUGUUUGCUGAGAGUGGCAGAUCCACAUAAAACAUACUGGGUGUUCUUAUCCAUAGAGUAGGGUCAGGACAAGCAGUUGUGACAGAAGCUUCCUACUACCUGUGCUCCUUCCACUUUGCAGUCACCUCAGACUAACCCCAAGGCAGGGAUUGGCAGUUAUUGUGGGCCUGAGGGCCUCAGGGAGGCCAGGGUGGCCGCCUGUCUUGGCCAGCAGCAGCUUGCACCCUGAGAAGAGCUCCUUGAAAGUGCUAGCUUUCAUUAGUUUUUCUUGGGUCCUACUGUUCCUAACUCCAGGUGGACAAAGUAGAUAUCACAACAAAACAAUUUUAAAGUGCAUUGCUUAGAGCUUUUUGUUUAUGAUUGCAUUGUUUACAGUUGUGAUUUAAUAAAAGGUGUUACUUCUAUUAAAUUCUAGCAUUUAGAGAGGUAGCUGCUGUAUCAUUUUAUAUAAGUAUACAAUAUGUAUCAUUUUAUAUCAGUUAUGCUGUUAUGUGUAUAUACUUGUAAUAUCAGGCCUUGCAUUCAAUACACAAUGCAAUAGACUCUUUCCAGACCUGUAUUUUUCUGUGAACAAUAAAAAUAUUGUUUGGCACUACUCA